UCGAGCACUUAGAUUCACCCCGCACUCACUCUAUCAACGACAUCCUCAACCACUCCACUUCCAUCGUUUGUCCUGUAUCGCAGCCAUGGGCAGUGCACAGUCUUCCUCCUCUGCUGGCCUGAUACAAAGCCCACCCGACAAGCAAGCUGCCAAAGUGGCCCCCUUCCUUCGUGCAAACCACAAGUUCUCUAUAGUCCAAGCUCAUGAUAAGCCCAAUGCAUCUUCUCAGCAACUGACGGCUGCUGCAUUCCUGGCAGUCGAGCCAGUCUCGCUUCUCUUUGAUCUCUGGGAUUUACUCUCACAACAAGCUACCAUUGAAGUGCGAGACAAUGAAGAGAUGGACGAGAUUGUUACGACUUCUUGGCAAGAUUACCUCGGUGUACUCGACCGUUCUGAUGCCUACGUCAAUUUCUUCGAUGACGAAGUCGUGCGCUACCUCUACGAGACGGAACAGACUGUCAAAGCAUAUCUGGCAGAAUCACAGAUCCAGGCAGGGUUGCUUGCACAAAAUGGGUGGCCCUUACGUCAGAUUGCUGCUGGAAUUGAAAUGCGCUCACAAGAAGUCGUUACGGAAGGACUGGCGGGGACAUGUGCAUUUUACAGCGUGGAUCUGAUUGAUGUCAUGCACAAGAAACCCGUCAAAAUUGAGCCGGACACAGUGCCCACCUCCUUGGAUGGCGUCCGAGCUGCUCGUGAUAUGGUCAUCCAGCAAGCCAUGUCUCGGCCGGAGCAUUGUAAUCAUGCAGUCCUGCAGGAGCUUGUUAAUCUCAACAGUGUUGGGGUCCUUUGGCGCUUCUUGCCAGCGGCAGAUGCCACUCGUCUGUGGAAAGCAGUUCUCUAUCGUCUCGGGCAAGCUCAGAGGUCGGCUAGCACCACCUCUACGGGAGAUGCAUCAGCCAAAAACUGGCAAGAGAUUGUCCACAUUGCCCUCACGAAAAAGCCUGAGCUGCUCGACACAUUAAGACUACUGAAGGAGCACGAACAGUACGACCCAGACUCUCUCAUUGCAUCACGGUUGCUCGACUAGAUUAGUUGUGGAAUGAAUUUUUGUAUCCUGUAUCUAAGACGAUGCCAUCUAAG